GAAUUCUCCUUCCCCCAAGUGUGGUGCAGCAACCAGCAGCCUCUGCACUGCACCUUUGCUCUGGAGAGGUUCAGCCCCGCCACGGCCCAGCUCUCCUGCAAAAUCAGCGUGCGGCAGGUCAAAGGGCACGAGCAGAUCCUGCAGGUCUACACAACCGUGGCUGAGGGAGAGAAGGAGUCCCCUCCCUUUUUUAUGCAGACGGACUGCUCUGUUACAUCUCAAACGGGGCCCAAGGCUUUCAAAAUCCCUUCGUCCAUCCGCGAGAGGAUCUGCGCUACCUUUGACACUGCCAACGCCAAGGGCAAGGACUGGCAGCUCCUAGCCCAGAAACUUCACUUAGACCGGAACCUGGGUUAUUUUGCGAAGCAGCUCAGCCCGUCUGCUGUCAUCCUGAGCCUGUGGGAGGUCUGUCACCCCGACGCUGAUGACCUCGACUCUCUUGCCAACGCUCUCGAGGAAAUCGGAAAGAUUCACUCCAGCACUUCCCCAGAGGACCAGGAUGAAGACACCGGUCAUGAAGAUGCUACCUCUCUGUGUGGACCUGCUGGACUGACCACUCAAAGUGAGGAAUCUGCUCCUGAGUUCACAGGCUGAGAGAAAAGAUUCAGCUCUACUGCCAGAAGACAGACUAAGACGAGCGUCCGUGUGUGCGUGCAGCCAGAGAAGGACAGCGAAACGCGCUGAGAGGCCAGGAAGUUGUUACGAGUGGAAAAAGCCGGCCAACUGCUGAGCUGAGCCAGAGCUGGCCGAGGAUCUACUCUUCUGCCUUCAGAAUCUGCCAGGGGAUCGACUGUAAAUCUAUUUCCACCGAUUGGAUCUUAACUUCUGUUAAAAGUGAUUCUUUUUAUUAGGCAAGGAAGUAUACUUAUUUCGUUCAAACCAAUAAUUGGUUGCCCUUAUCUGACAAAAAUACAACAAAAACUCAAACAUAAUUAAUUAAUUAUGUUUCUACAAGGAAAAAUAUUUAAUUUCAAAUCAUAAAAAAAAUGUUUUAAGUUUUAAUUAUUAACAAAAGUGAUGUGUUUACACUCUGUACAUUUUCUUUUAUUUAUUUUUCAAAAACAUUCCUUUAUAUGAAUUGCAAUUUAUUCAAAAAUUAAAGCUGGAAGCAGCACCGUAUGACCCUAA